AUGUCUCAUGUUGAUGCUUUACAGCACAGCGACGGCUGUGGUGGUGGAAAUCUGUCGAGAACUUCCGCAACCACUAAACUGGAAACUGGACUUGGCGACGAAGACACGCUCAGUGAUGAAGACAUAUGGAAAUGGGGCAAUGACCCAUGUAACCCCUACAACUGGCCGACAGAGUGUAAGGUUUAUCAGGUGCUGAUGAUGGCCUCGGCAGCAUUUACGAGGUGGACAAACCCUUCCUCAAUUGUACCUUUCAUUCAGGCUAACGAAGUACUCAGCUCACUUGGCGUUUCUAUUCUGUCACCAGCACAUUCGCAGUUCAUGGAAGAGUUUGAAGUCGGUAGCACAGCCGCAAUCCUUCCUUUGUCGCUUUACGUAUCGGCCCUAGCCCUGGGUCCAGUAAUGGGUGGACCGCUGUCCGAGACAAUUGGAAGGUAUCCUGUUUACGUUGGGUCGGUAGCACUUGGAAGUAUAUUCACCCUUGGCGUUGGCCUAAGUCACACAUUCACCGCAGUUUGUGUGUUGCGAUUCCUCUCAGGCUUUUGCUUCGCCCCUCCUUUGGCUAUCGCUGCAGGAACAAUCAAUGAAACAUUCAAGCCCGCCUCUCGGGCUAUCCCAUCGACGAUAUUUAUCCUGACUCCUUUCCUUGGUCCAGGUCUAGGGCAAGUAUUAUAUGCUUACCAUGAUACCGACAGCCUUACUGACCUUUACAGACCUGUCAUUGGUAGUUUCUUGGUCAAUCGGAAGGGCUGGCGCUGGACUCAGUGGACCUUGCUAUUUUUUGCCAUGUGCACUAUCAUCACAACAUUCAUCGCUCGAGAGACGUUCCAUCCAGUGAUCAAGUGCCGGCGCUCUAAGAGGCUUGGCUUGUCUUUCCCCCCUCCAUCACCGCUUUCCGCAAAGAUUCGAGUGUUCGCGGCUAUCGCCCUUCUCCGUCCAGCUCAGAUGAUGCUUACUGAGCCCAUUGUUGCCUUGAUCUGCCUCUAUGUGGCAUGCGAAUUUGCAACACUUUUCACCUUCUUUGCUGCCUUUCCCCUUGUUUUCCAGGGUAUUUACGGAUUUGGGGUUGAGGAUUCUGGUUUGGUCUUUCUCUCUAUAGUUGUCGGGUGUUUGUUUGGUGCCAUCACUGUGUUGUUAUGCGACAUAUUCCUCUACCGUCAGAAGGCAGCAAGCUAUCGGGAACUACCGAUACCACCCGAGUUUCGCCUCUACCCAUCUUUAAUGGGCAGUAUCGGGUUACCCAUUAGCCUUUUCUGGUUUGGUUGGACCUCCCGAACCGACAUCUCAUGGCCGUGGCCUGUGGCUGCAACUAUGGUUUUUGCCUGGGGAAAUAUUUGCAUCUUCGUUAGUACAGCCCAGUAUAUCGUCGAUACCUACCAUGGUUUGACGGUGGCAAGCGCGAUGAGUGCAAACAGCCUGGCUAGGUAUGGGCUUGCAGCCGCGUUUCCGCUCUUCGCAGUUCAAAUGUUUACGAAACUAGGGAUUGCGUGGGCCUCUAGCAUACUCGGAUUCAUGGCCGUUGGACUUCUACCUGUUCCUUGGGUAUUAUUCCUCAAAGACUAG